GAGUGACCGGGGGGGAACUACAGAAAAGAGAGGAGGGGGAGGCUGCCAGCGCGUCUCUGCUGCUUUAUUCAUUAACCAGUUUUUAAAGAAAAAACAAGGGAGUGGUUGAAAGAAAAAUCUGGCAGGACGGCAGUAGUGAAAGGAAGAAAGCAAGGGAGGAAUUAAAUAAAUUUGAAAAAGAAAACAAAAGCUUUGAGAAAGGGAAAGGCUGCAACCACUUCAGUGGGGAAAAGUGAAAGAGAAUGAUGGUGUGAUAUGAUUGAUGAGGCCAUCUUAUUUUUUAUUAUUUUUUUGGAAAUUACCAAAGUGGGGGGAAACGAAGAGGACGAAAAACGCAGAGGAGAUGUGAACGAGGAGGCUGAAACAUCAAGCAGUGAGCGAGGCAGAAGCGCACUCUUGUCAGAGACCUCAACAAACCCACAGAGGAGGAAACUUUGCCUUUUCACAGACUGACACCGAGACCCAUCUGAGCAGCUAUUACUGACAGCAAGAGCAAUGGAGACGUGUCCGUUCAUGGAAAAAUAAAGGAUGUCACUGCAAGUUUUCGUGUUGCUAUCGCUUUUUAUUGUCCGAUGUGGUGGAUGUGACUUUGACUGGAAAGGCGUAGAAAACCUGAAGGUGACAAUCGACUCUAAUCCAACUGGAUUUAGGAAAGUAUUUCCUAAGGAUUACUAUGUAGUGCAUCGUUACACCAAAAGCAUGCUCUGUGAAACUGAUCCGUGUUGCGUCUUCUCUGCAGCUGUGGUCCUCCUGGACUCCUGGAACAUGCUCCUCAUGAACCUCUGGGACGAGCACGUGAAUCACACCCUGAUCCUCGAACUCAGGCAGACACUGGAUAAAAUUAUUGCAAAGAAUGAAAACAUAGAGAGGUUCCUUGAGGAGACGUAUCUCACCCAGUUCCCCACCAUAUCUUCCCCUCCGGAGGAACUCCUGAAGCUGACGUCAGAACUUUUUGAGCAAUGGCUUCGGAUUGGGUGUUCCCCUUCCAUCGGUUCUUGCGUCCCGCCGACGUUGCCCCCGCCAGUUCAAAAGAAGGACUACAGUCGGUCCAGGGCCAGACUCCUAACCACUAGAGCCCUCAGCGACAAACAGGAAGGACAACCUGACAAAAUGAUGGACGUUGCAGCACCGUCAUCCUGUGGAUGCUCUUUAAUGGUUUCUUAUUUCGUCUUUGUUUGGAGCCUUUUGGUAUUUGGACUCUACUGGUAGUUGAUGUUAUCGCAACCUUUUCUUUUUCCUCCAACGGAUGCACAUAUAAUGCAAAAACAUUUUUGGCACUGAAUUUUUUUUUUGUUGUGAUGCAGUAAGCUUUCCUUAAAUGAAGUGACAUGCACAGGUUGCAUUUAAUGCCCAAAGUCAGCUCCUCUGGUCACUGUUCAGUAGUGUUCUUUAAGAUCAAAUUAUAGCACUCUCUUGAACAAGCUCCAAUUAGUCGUCCUUUUCAAGCUAACAAGAGACAAAAUCUGAGCUAGCUGAUGCACAUAUCCAUCAUUUGUGUAUUGUGUAUUUCACUGUUUACAGUGGACAUUGUGGAAAAAGGUUGCAGUUUUUUGUGAGUUUAUUUCGGUAAAUUAAAUGCAUUUAGAUAUAUAUAUAAUAUUAGCAUUUGGUUUGGCUUACCUGAUGUGUCCAGAGGUUUUUAAGUUUUAUUUAUUAUGGUAUUUGUUGUUUGGCAGCAGAGAUGGAAGAGUACAUUUACUCAAGUAAAUGAGUUUUUAUUAUCUGAGGGCAGUAUUUUAGCUUCUCUCAACUAUAAACUGUAGCAGUUAAAUAUAUACACAUUUAUGUAUCAACAUUACUCACUGAAGCAUCAAGAGGCAUUUUUUUCUGGUAAAAUUGUAGUUCAGAUGUUUUGAAAUGUGGUUCUGUGAAAUCUUUUUGAAUGACCUGUUUUUAAAAAUGUUUUUUAAUGUUGCUCAGAUUGAUAAGCAAACAGCGAGAGACUAAAGUGGAUUGCUGCCAUCUUAUAAAAAAAAUUACACUCCAGUCUCAAACAUUUCUUAGUGGUGGUUCAUGCAAACACUAGAGGUAGGAAGUUAAAUAUUUUUUUCUUUUUUUUGUGUGGAAUAUUCUGGAAAUUUCUUCCUCGGUAUCGGUCUUUUGUGGAGAACAGAGCUGUUUCUGAUUAUCAAUCUAUCUACUGUAUGUUCAUACCCUAAUAAUGGUCACAAUUUCAGAGUAGUGACUGAAAUAAUGAGAUUGCAGAUAAAGGCAGUUGGAAUGUUUUCCCUGCAGUGUAACUGGACUCUCGUUAGACAAGGUGAGGAGUCAUGAGAGACUCGGAGUACAGCUGCUGCUUCUUCACAUCAAGAGGAGCCAGUUGUGUUAGAAGGCAUCUAGUAAGGAUGCUUCCUGGACGCAUCACUAGGGUGGUAUUAUGGUCAUGUCAAACUGGGAGGAGAUCUCAAAGAAGAAUUAGGACACGCUGGAGAGUCUAUGUCUCUCAGCUGGACGGAGAACACCUUGGAGUCCUGCCAGAAAGAGAUGCUCAAGCUAUUUGACGCCGUGACCUGACUCUGGAACACGGGGUAGAUAAUAGAUUAAUAAAUUUGAAUAUUCUGAA